ACAACGGAUUCAUCACAUCCAGCUAGUGGUCCCCGAACUGGUCCUCUCUCGUCCUUAAACCGUGAUAAAAUGGACGCUGUCUACAAUGUUUGCCUUUAAAAUUCACCAUGGAGGCAUCACCUAGGCUGUCGUUUACAUGAAGAACGUUUAUUUCACCCGCUUUUGGCCCUGCUGAAGCGGUGUGGACGGGGGGUUCACUGAUGGAGGAGUUGGAGCGGCUCCCUCCUGAAGUUUGGGUCCAUGUGUUCAGCUACCUGACCACGGAGGAGAAGCACACGGUCCGCAUUGUCUGUAGGUUCAUGAAGAUUCUGGUCGACCACCAUUCACUCUGGAAGAACUACACGGUUGUUCUGUCCGACCUCCGCCGCUACACGUACGGCUUCUGGGACACCCUGAACAACCGUAAGCUCACCCGGGUGGCGGUGCGACAUCUGCGGCGUAAGGAGUGGCGGCGGCUUGUGUCGUUUCUGCCUUCCCUCACUGCUAUUGUGUUUAUUAAUGGAGAACGGGUUUACAAGGAGAAGUACCUGGAAAAUCUGACACAUUUUCCGGAGUUAAGGGACUUGGGGGUGCGGAACGCCACCUGGGACCAUGCAUUACUGGGGGAGAAUCUGAGCCAACACCUACGGGACAGAUUGACUCACCUGAGCGUUUGUAACGUCAGGCUGCCCUGCACAGUGCACUUCAUAAGCGCCGUAGCUCACCUGGGUAACCUGAGGUUUCUGCUGUUUCACCAGCAGGGAGAGGGUUACUGGCCGGACAGGGUGAGACCUGUACCCUGUGGUGUCUUCCAUCACAUGCUGCUCAACCUGAAGAAGCUGAAGCACUUGUCCUGGGGGAUGAGAGGGGAGCCACCAAAACCUCUACCUGAUGACUUCUUCAGUCCAGUGGACCCUGAACAGCCAGGAGAGUCCAGGUAUGCCGGCCCUGCGCUGACCAGUCUGGAGCUGCUGGAUUACCCCGAGCCCAUCCUGGCAGAGAACGCCCUGAGGAGCCUGACCUCGCUCAGGUCCCUGAAGGUCCGAUACAGCUUCAUGAGAGAGGGCGUCAGGUGUCGCCUCAAGUCCUGGCUGAAUCCUCUUCAGCAGCUGGAGACGCUCAGCAUCAUCGGUAAUAAUUCUCUCGCCACAUAUACGACCUACAUCCCUCCCUCUGUGACCCGACUGACACUGCGUGUCGCAAUAACUCUUAAAGACAUGGACAUGAUUGCACCUGCUGUCCCGGGACUGGAACACCUGGACAUUGAGCAGAAUCGCUCCACAGGCAGCCUCUGCAGACGCAUCCCCAUGCUGUUUCCUCAGCUCAAGACGCUGAGAAUACGGUUUGUCCGUAAAGAACCAGAGAAGGAUCUGCUUUGCCUCUAUAAGCUGAGAAAUCUGGUGUGGCUGGAGCUGCUGGUGGACGCCUCAUUUAUCUUCAGAGAAUCCCUAAAAGGCCCCUCGUGGCCAAGCCCAAGUUUACAGGAGCUGAUCGACCAGCUCCAACAACUAUCCAGUAACAGGAUUUACGUGGUUACUAAGAUGCGUGAGAGAGACAUCCUGCGGGAAUGUGACUGUGUGUGUGAGGGCGAUGACAGACGGCACCUUAGGUAAACUGUG